AAUGGAGAACGGCGACUGGCGGUGGGCAGUAGAUGGUGGAUCUGUCUCCCCUAAUCUCGUGCCGAUCCGAUCUGGUUGCUCGCCCGUCGCCUGCCAAGGAAUUGGGGGAAUCCAACCUCAAACCCAACACCAUCGCCCCCAAUCUCACUGCACCGACCGCGACAGAGAUCGAUCGAUCCAUCGAUCGAGCCUCGGAUCCCUCGACCAUGGCCGCUCCAACCCCACCCGCGACCCACAUCGAUCCAUCCGCCGCUGCUGCUGCGGUUGUGGCUGCUGCUACGCCUCGCAAACUCCCCAUCAAGCGCAAGGAUCCCCUAAACCCGCCCUCCGACCACCCCCUCGUCAAGCCCGACGACGACGACGAAGACCUCCCUGACCCUGACCCUUCCUUCGACGAUGACGACGACGACUUCGACGAAGCCGAGGAGGUCAACGCUGCCCGACCCCCCGCUGCCGGCUCUGCCGUCCUCCCUCCCUUCCGGUUCCAGCGCGUCUGGUCAGAGUCGGAUGAGAUCCGGUUCCUGCAGGGUCUCCUCGGCUGUUGGUCGCAGGGACUCGUCUUCCCCCGCGACCUCAAUCUCUUCUUCGACCGCUUCUCCGAGUCCAUGCCGCAGCCCUACACCCGGUCGCAGCUCUCCGAGAAGCUUCGCCGCCUGCGCAAGAAGUUCCGCGUCAUGUCUGCCCGCAUCGCUCGUGGUCAGGAUCCUUCCCGCCUCUCCCCUCACGACCGCGAUGUGCUCCAUCUCUGCACCCGCCUCUGGCACCCCACCUACGCCGCCUCCUCCCCUUUCUCGUCUCCCGAUACCCUCGCUCCUGGAAGCCGUGGCAACAAACGCCGCCGCCCAAACCCCCGCGCCCCCUCUGGCCAGGCGCGCGCCGAGGCCUCGCCGGUCACCGCUCCUUCUCCUCCUCCUCCUCCUCCUCUUCUGGGACCAGUUUUCACCUUGCCUACCACUGCUACUCCUUCUCCGGUUCCAAUUUCCACCUUGCCGCCUCCCGUAGCCCAGCAUCCUCCUCUGACCAAUGAAAAGGUAGCCUUUCCCACUGAUGGCAUCUCCGCAAGCACAGUACUUCAUUUUGUUAAGGAAGAAAAAGAGCCAAAGGAAAACGAGCCGAUAAAGGAGGAGAACAACUUGGAGCCACCACCUGUCUCAGGCAGCAAUGAGGCUUCCGCUGUCAAAGACAUGCUUAAUCCUUCGAUCGCAAAAACUGUCUUGGACGUGUUUGAUGCAUGUCUUGAAGAGCUCAAGCUAUCGAUGGCCAGCUCAAUUUCGUCCAGCACCACAAAGGAGAGCAACCUGGAGAAGAAAUGGAGAGAGCUGCGAGCUGCAGAGAUGAACGUUUUGGCCCGUCGCUUGAGGAAAUAGGGAGGAAGGAAUUUAUUUCAGCCCAAACCGCACAGAAAUAGAGGGAGAUGAAGUUUAAGCAUAUAUUAACACCAAUGUAGAUAUUAUUUAUUUCCUUGAGAUUAUCGUUUCAUUUCCAUCCAACAUCCUCGCCAAGUAAAUACAACAUCAAUGACCAAUUGCUAGUAAAAGAAAUACAGGAACUGAUGGAGGUAAAGUCACUAUAAGAUGGUGAGAAAAUAUUUAACAAUAACACUGUUGUUAAUGCUAAGUUGGCAUAUAGUUCCUUGACAGAGAAAGAUAUAUAAUAGUUGUAGGAUAAACCUUUUCAGAUUUC